AUGCAGGGCCACGCUGACAGCGAGAGCGGCCUCGCCACCGCGCCUUCCAGCCCCACACGCUACCUCUGCUCCGGGCGAGACGGUGAGUGUGACGAAGACGGCGGAGGCAUCCAUUACUUCUUCAGCGCCCCGGCCAGCCCCGUGCACUACAUCCUCCGUUCGCCGCCAGCGUCCUCCGCGUCGGUCCACUACGCUCCCUCCACGGAUGGAGACUUCUGCACGGCCCCCGGCGACUUCGAGUUCGCCGCGCGCCACCGCGGUAUCGACGGCGCCGGCGCCACCACCACCAUGAGCUCCGCCGAGGAGCUGUUCCUAUCCGGCCGCAUCCGCGUAGGUGGCCUCUCCCCCAUCCGCCAAGAAACGGAUUGCAGGGAGCAGCAGGGGGAGGACGGUGAAGACGAGGGCGGCGUCGAAGGCCGCUCGCCGCGGCCUCGCCGGACCAGGUCGGCUUCGCCGCCCCGGAGCCCGCGGCUCGCCAAGACUGCAGAGCCUGCCGACUUCUUGGCAUCAGCGUCGUCGUCAUCCUCCUCCUCCUCUUCCUCUGCCAAGACCAUGCGGCGGAGGAUAUCGCUGCGGGACCUCCUCGGCCGCACCUGCAGCGAUCCCUCGAUGAGGCCGCCGGCCCCUAUUACCACCGCCGCCGAGAGGUCAGGAUCCUGGCUGCCAUCUAUCUGGCCGGCGCGGGCCAAGAAAGCUCUGCCCUCCCCGGCGCCGCAGCCUGCUCGCCGGUCAGUUUCGUCGGUCAGGGCAGCACCGGGCGGCGCGGGGCGCGAUGAGGCGCCGCGGCGGCGCACAACGUCUCUGCCGUACCGGCAAGGCCUGGUUCUUGGAUGCCUCGGCCUAGGAGCCCGGAGCUACGGGCUCGCAAAGUCCAUGCACCCCCUCUCCACGCGGUGA